AUGAACAAGAAGAGCCUGGAUAAAGAUCAGAGCGCAGAGAAGACGCGCACCAGAGGACACAGUGACAGCGCACAGAAAGCUGCGCGCAUUCUUCCAAACUUAUCCCACGUGCGUAAAAGGGGAAAUGCAGCUGAAAUAGCUGCGCCGCUGUUUCAUUUUGACUGACCACACACACUGUUGUGCUUGGAUUUCUGCUCGGACCCUCAGAAAUGUGGACAUAUACAAACUUGUUGGCCUGUUUGCUGAUUUUGUGCAAGCAUGCGUCCUCGCACAGCAAGAUCUUUGGGGAAACUGAGCCAGUCCGGAUGACAUCAGAAGGUUCUGACUGCCGCUGUAAGUGCAUCAUGCGCCCCCUCAGCAAGGACGCCUGUCUGCGAUUGCGCAGCGGUACCGUGCGCGUUGAGGACUUUUACACAGUAGAGACAGUCAGCUCUGGGUCGGACUGUAAGUGCUCAUGCACAGCUCCCCCAUCCUCUCUUAACCCCUGUGAGAAUGAGUGGAAGAUGGAAAAGCUUAAGAAACAGGCUCCUGAGUUGCUGAAGCUUCAUUCUAUGGUGGAUCUCCUCGAGGGAACCCUCUUUAGCAUGGAUCUGUUGAAAGUUCACUCCUACAUCAACAGUGUGGUUUCUCAGAUGAACAGCUUGGAAGAGACAAUAAAGAAAAAUCUUACACGAGAGAAUGAAUUUGUGCGAGACAGCAUGACAAGCCUGACCAACCAGUUUAAGAGAUAUGAGAACUACUCCAAUAUUAUGAUGAGCAUCAAGAAGGAAAUCUCCAGCCUCAGCCUGCAGCUCUUGCAGAAGGAUUCCUCUCAGAGAGAAGUGCAGGACACUCGAGAUGAGAAAACCAGGGUUUCAGGAAAAAUAGCAAACAAAAAGACUGUGGCUGCCAAACCCCCUCCCAAACCACCCAAAGAAAAGGCAGUCAAGCCAAAGAAAGAGGUUGUUAAACCGGAGAAGCCAGUCAAGCCUGACCCUACAGUCAAACCUAAGGUGGUAGGCCACCAACCGGGUGUAGUGAGGGGCAUCACAUACUACAAGGCCUCUAAAGCCGACAAAGAUGAGCACGAAGGAGACCACUCUGCUAAAGCAGUGCAGCACAUCACAGAAAAAGAGUCUGAGGACGGAGGGACUGAAAUGAUCCUGGAAACCAUGGAAGCCACUGUGGCUGAACCUGUGAAAACUACACUAACUCCUACCACCACCACCACCUCCACAACAACCACCACCACCGUGAACAUGACCACUGCUUCCUCUGCCUCCGCUGAGCCCACAACAAUCACCACGCAGAGAUCAUGGACCCAUGAAAAACCGGCUCCGACCAUUGUUCUCCUGCUGGACAAUUCAAACAACAACAGCCGACCCUCUCUCCACAGGGCUGGGAAGAUCCUUAAUUGUGAAGGGACUCUGGCCUCUGUUGAGCAGCCAGAGAAGCAUCACAGUUAUGGGCGCAAUGAAGGAGCAUGGAUGAAAGACCCACUGGCAAAGGACUCCAAGAUUUAUGUCACUAAUUAUUACUAUGGUAACAACCUUGUGGAGUUUCGCAACCUGGACAACUUCAAGCAAGGACGCUGGAGUAACCUUUACAAACUGCCUUACAACUGGAUUGGCACAGGACAUGUGGUUUACAACGGGGCCUUCUACUACAACAGAGCAUUCACCAAGAACAUUAUCAAGUAUGAUCUAAGGAUGCGGUAUGUAGCUGCCUGGACACUACUGCACGAUGUGGUGUAUGAAGAUAAUACUCCCUGGAAGUGGAGGGGCCACUCUGACAUGGAUUUCGCAGUGGAUGAAAGUGGCUUGUGGGUAAUCUACCCCUCCAUGGACUACGACUACAACCAACAAGAACUGAUCGUCAUUAGCAAGCUGGAUCCAGGAGAUCUGUCCAUGAAAAAGGAAACUACCUACAGAACAGGACUCAAGAGGAAUUCUUACGGAAACUGUUUCAUUAUCUGUGGAGUUUUGUAUGCUGUUGAUGUUUACAACCAGCGAGAUGGUGAGGUAAACUAUGCCUAUGAUACCCAUACCAACACUGAGGCAGUCCCACGCUUGCCUUUCAUCAAUGAGUACUCCUUCACCACCCAGAUUGACUACAACCCCAAGGAAAAGCUUUUGUAUGCCUGGGACAAUGGCAAUCAACUCACAUAUCGUGUUAACUUUGUUGAUGACUGAGCACAGUUGGUGUGAACUACGGGUAAGAUUCUGCCAGUGUGGACCACGAAAAGAAAAAUUUAGUAGUUGCUUUACUAAAUCAUUCGGGACAUAGCAGGAAGCAUGAUACACAUUGACCUGCCUUAUAACACAAAAGUGUGCUCCUUAAAUAACUGACCUCAUUAUUCAAGCCUUGAAUAUGGGUAUGCAGAAUUGAAACUACCAAAAUCCAGAGA